AUGUCCAGAAAUUACACGGUAAAGAGCGAUAAUUACUAUCAGAAGGAGAUCGGGUUGCACAGUGUGCAAUCAAUCGAUGGCGAUUCCUUGCCAGACUACAGUGAAUUCGAUACCGAAUCGGUUACUUUGGACUAUUUCAAGGAAAGUACCAAACGUGGACCAUCGCCGGAUAAAAUGGCACCAACGACAACAAUUGAAACUGUCACCAUCACGCGGCCACUGAAGGUUAUUGCCUUCAUCUGCGGUGUUAUCGUAAUCAUUUUGAUGAUCCUAGCCCUCACAUCCACCGACUGGCUGAUGGCUGAAAGUUGGCGCCAAGGACUGUUUGUUCACUGCAUUGAGGAAGGUUAUGAACUGCCAUUGCCAUUCAACCUGCAAGACCCCGCCGGAUGCUACCCAAGCCGCGAUGUUGCUUAUAUCAAGGCAACGGCAGCACUCUGCAUCAUCACGCUUGUAACCGAUGCCCUGGCAACGUUUCUUACCGGAUUGGGCCUCCGUACCCAGGAUCACAACCUGAAAUAUAAGUUCUACCGUGUGGCUGUUCUCAUCAUGAUGGUUGCACUGAUAUCACUUCUAAUCGCGGUGAUCCUGUACCCGAUUUGCUUUGCAGCUGAAUUGAACAUUGCCAAUCGGUUGGUAUGGGAGUUUGGGUGGGCGUACGGUGUCGGCUGGGGCGCGGCAAUCUUUCUGUUCGGUGCCGUCGUGCUCCUGUUGUGCGACAAAGAGUCGGAGGAGAUCUACUACAAGGAAAGGAAAAUUGUACACGACGCAUCGUUAAGAGACUAGGCCAGGGCACACGCUCUGCCCGACGUUGUGCUUUAGACAAUAGGAGAGAACUCAAGAGAAGAACACGCUAAAUCACGAUCCA